UCCCGGUCAAUCUGGGCUAAUCUAGCUUGUCCUAUCUGCCUUUUGUUUUCUCGUCAUCUAUACAUUUGUGCCUGAUUUUUAUUAUCCUGGCCACUGUACCCUCGUUGUGUUCCACUAUUGCCAUGGGCCGUCGGGCGUCGCAGCGGCUUGGGCGUGGACCUAACAAUUCGCCACUUCCCCGUGUUGAAGUCUCCGCUUCCGUUCUUCUUCCACUCCACUCCUCUCCUCUCCUCUCUUCUCCUUGGGAUCCCGAUCCCGCUUCUCCUCCCGUAUAUAUUUCUAUUUCUUUUCUGCUCAACUCUACUGGGAUGCUCCAGUCAAGUGCUAGUGCACCACGAGCACGCGCAGGCCAAGAAGCCAGGAAGUCUGCCACCCUCCCUCAGCUCGGAUGACGCCAAUAGUGGCCUCGUUGAGCCUCGCCCACCUCGUGGUGGCCUUGUUGCUGAUGUUGUUAGCCCUCCUUUGCGUCGACGCGUCGGUGCACGAUUACGAUGGCGAACGGUUCGCGACCGACGGCAACGCCUUCGUCCUCCACGGUGGUACCGUGGUAGUGAGGGUGUCUACGGCUCCGCUAAGGGUGGCGCGUUCAUCCGCUUUGAGAAGGUCACGUUCAAAGGAUGCCCGAGUCGGCGACCGCAGCCGAGGAGGACGGCAACCGCACGACCACGGUCACAGCGGUCAUCUUCAAGGCCGGCGACCGCGACGCCGUCGGGGGCACAGACGUCUCCGUCGCUGGCGGGCGGGCGCUCUGCUGCACAUGGGACAUGGUGAGGGCGGUGAGGCUCGGGGCCUGCACAGAGGGGGGGCAGUGAUGUAUCGCGCGCGGAACGACAACACCGGCUGGCCUAGGGUGCUCGCGGCCUCCUUCCUCCCGGGCGGCCUCGACGCGGCUUUCCCGGUCGAGGGCGUCGUCGUGGCGCGCACCGGCAUGUACACACUCCUGUUCGUCCACUGUGAUGCGUCGCUCGCCGGCGGGCAGGUGGCCACGGCGGGCAAGACCAUCUGGAAGAACAGCCGCUGCUACCUCCCGGACCGUAUGGCGUCGCUCGUGCCCUUCUACGGCGCCAAGUCGCUGGCGUUGGCGGCGUCCUGGUUCGCGCAGUGCGCGCGGUUCUAGCGGGAGGUGGUGUCGCUCCAGAGCUGCGCCACGCUGGUGAUCGCGCUGGGGAUGAUGGAGGCGUCCAGUUGGUACUUUUACCUCGUCGAGUUCAACGAGUCUGGGUCCGCCCCCGCGGCGAGACGUUCUGGGCGGCCACGUCCGGCACGCUCCGCGGCGCGGCGGCGCACGUGCUGGUGCUGGCCGGGCCACGGCGUGGUGCAGCCCGCGCUGGCAGGGCUCAAGAGCGCCAGGGUGGCUGGCCUCGGCGUCAUGUUCUUCGCCGCCGCGAAGGCCCUUGAGGUCAGCAAGAACGCCGACACCGUGAGCGACCACUCAUCGUCGCCGACGAGGAGGUUGUUCCUGGUACUCCCGGGCGGUCCUCAACGCGGUGUUCGUUUACUGGAUCUUCAGCUCGCAGUCAAAGACGCUGAACAAGCUCAAGGUGACGAUCAACGCUCUUUUGCACCAAAUUGAGGUGCGGACAGUCCGGCCCUGAGGCCGGACGUUCCGCGCACGCGCAGAACAGAUUAGGGUUUGGAGUUUUUCGCUGUGUUUGUUGGUGGAAAUCGCGGGAUUUGCUUGGAGUUUUGUUGGUAACGGGUCCGGCCCCCCUCCUCUAUAAAAGCAGAGGAUUACAGCCGAUUAAGGGCAAUCAAUCGAAUCAAU